AUGAGUAAAGUUUUUAUUAGUCGACAAGAUGGUAGUGUUUCAUGGGGAUUUCGACUACAAGGUGGUUUAGAAUACAAUGAACCAUUGACAGUCACAAAUAUUGUUCCCGAUUCUCCUGCUGAUGGUAAACUUGAUCCAGGCGAUAUGUUAUUGGAAAUAGCUGGUAAUAAUGUAACGAAUAUGACUCAUCAAGAUGCUCUUGAACUUAUUCAACGUUGUGCAAAUGCUCUUUUUCUUACCGUUCAUAAAGUCGGUUAUUCAUAUCCACCAAGCGGAGCUGCACCACGUCCUGCUCCUAUAACUCCGAUGUGGAGACCAACUGGACAACAACAACAACAACAACAACAACAACAACAACAACAACAACAACAACAACAACAGCAACCACCUUAUUAUCAACAGAAUUUCCAACAACAACCUUAUUACCAACAACCUCAACAACAACAAGCUUACUACCCACAUCCGCAUCCACAACAACAGCAAUCUUACUACCAACAACCAUCUCACUAUCAACAACAACCACCUCACUAUCAACAACAACCACCUCACUUUCAACAACAACCACCUUACUAUCAACAACAACCACCCUAUUACCAACAACAACAACAACCUUACUAUCAGCAUGACUUUCAACAACAACAGUAUGGUUAUGGUCAGCCACCAGUAUCUAUGCCUAAUGCAGCUCCUCCGGCGCCAGUUGCACCACCGCCACCGCCACCACCACCUCCACCGCCGCCACCUAUGCCUGCUGCAAGUAUCCCACCAGCACCAAUGUUUGAUGCUGAUAUGAUAGCAAAUGCAGCAGCUUCAUUAAAAAGUCGACCACUUACUGAUGAAACUUCUACAUCAAAUGAACAAACAUCAGAAAUUCCAAAUAUUCCUGCUGUUCUUGCUAAAAGUCUAAGUCGUCCUGGUGGUCCAAAACCAUUUACUUAUACACCGGGUGGUCUCGAUCUUUCAAAAAUACGUGAAUCAGCUCGUGUUAGACGUCAUCGUGAAUAUACAUCGAAUACUGAAGAACCAAACGAAACACAAGAAUCCGAAACAAAUAUGAGCCGUCGAAUGAUAGUUCCACCUGAAAAUAUGAAUCAACAUCAUUAUGCCCCACAAAAUCCAACUCAAUCAUUUAAUUAUGCACGUCAACAAGCAACACCACCAACAAAAAAACAUAUUCAACAUGAUACAGAUGUAGUUACACAAUCACGGUCAUUUCAAAUGCUUCAAGGUUGGAUUUCUGAUAGUGAAAAAACUGUACCAACACCAGUUGCACCACCAUCACAAUCAACAACAACAACAACAACAGCAAAUAAAUCAGCAGUUGCUCGUGCUGUCCUUGAUGAACAAAUGGGUAAUAAAGAUCGUAGUAGAAGUUCUAGUGGUACAUCAGGUCUUCCUUCACGAUCAUUUCGUUAUUUACAAGAACAAUAUAAUAACAGUAAUGGUGAUAAUAAAGAACCAACAAUAACAACAGUUGAUGAACCAACUGUAUCAGGUGAUAGUAUUGGUCUUCGACGUAGUAGUGAUGCUCAUAUGCCAUCACGUGCAUUUAAAAUAUUACAAGAUCAAUAUGAUGCACAAAAUACACCUAUUAAUCGAACAUCAGGAAUUAAUAAUCGUGAAGAUUUAAUGGAAAUUUAUAAUAAACCACCACCAAGUUUUCGUGAACGUGAACCUGAAGCACCACGUUAUACAGGUUCAACAGUUCCAUCACGUUCAUUUCGUUUUCUUCAAAUGAUGACACAAAAUGAUGAUCAAAAUAAUGUAAAAUCAAAUGUUGGUUAUAAUAAACCACAACAACAACAAUUAUUAAAUAAAUAUGAUGAACAAAAUCUUUCAUUAAAUACAAAUAAACUUGAUACACAUCCAUCACGUUCAUUUAAAUAUUUACAAGAAAUGACAUCUGAACAACAACCAACUGGAUCAUCAACAACUGUUACUCAAACAGAAACACAAGUUAUUACAACAAAUAAUAAACAACAACCAAUAAAAAUGAAUAUUGCAGUUCAACAAUCAAAACCUAUUAUUCAAGUCAAUACAACAAGUUCAAGUAGUCAAGGAGAUUUAAUUGAUAAAUUAUCAGCGGAUAUCGCAGCAACUGAUUUUUAA